UCCACCAUUCACUCACAGUGAUCAGUUCAUUCACCCUCAGCCGUGCUCUACAUAUAUUCGGGUGAGUCCUGUGGCCAGUGCGACGACAACCCGGGGACAACUAGCCCACGAAGAACGCCAUGUCGUUCGACAGACUAUCGUCACUUGAGUCGCAACCUACCACCACCCGAAGGCAGGAUGACCCGCAAUACAGAGAUGAUCCAGAGUUUCAAAAGUUCACCGAGUCGCUUUCUACCCGACUCUUCGAACUGACCUCAAAUAUUUCGCGGCUCUCCAAUCAACUCUCCAAAAAGGAUACCGAGAGAGGUCGAGAGAGGAUACAUGAUUUGCUGGAGGAGACCCGAGAGGGAUUCAAAGAGGUGGGAGAUGGGGUCAAGAGGGCGCAAACAUGGCCAGAUUUGAAUCCUGCACAACGAUACACAAAUCAGAAACUCUCACGAGAGUUUGCCUCCGCCCUGUCCGAAUUCCAAGUGGUCCAGAGAAGGGCCAUAGAGAGGGAACGAGCGUCGAAAGCUGCACUUGAGGAAGCCCAGUCAGGCCAAUCGCCAUCAGCAGAGGGUGGUCAACAACGCCAGUUGCUCGAAGAACCUCGGCUCGCAGAACAAAGCGAGGUCGAUUUCCAAGAGAAUUUAAUUAUCGAACGAGAAGGAGAGAUCCGACAGAUCGAACAAUCGGUUGGCGAAUUGAACGAGCUAUUCCGAGAUGUCGCCCAUCUGGUUCGAGACCAAGGCGACAUGAUUGAUGCCAUCGAUAUCAACGUCGAGAAUACAUUGACCGACACUCGGGGGGCCGACACAGAACUACGAAGCGCAAGCCGGUACCAGAAAUCGGCCAGAAACAAGGCUUGUUGCUUGUUAGUCAUCUUAGCCGUAGUCCUGUUGAUUGUGGUUCUGGCUGUUGUUCUCGGAUGAGGAGCGAUGUUGCAGCUUUUGGCGUUACUGGUGUUCAAUAAAUCCGUGGCCCCAUAACGAUGGCUAUGGAAUGUAUAGUCAUUGUGUAGAGAGUUCUGUUCUCAGUUUGAGAAGCAUCAACUAAGCGAUAAAGCUCAUAAGGGCGGCUGCGAAUCAGCCGUGAGUCGUGGAUAGAAUUAUUACAUGGUUUACAAGCUCUGUCCAGUGAAGAUAUUUCC